AUGUCUCGACAACAGGCCUUCGAUUGGAAUUCUUUCGUCAACGAGCAAGAUCCUGAGGUUACUGGUGAUUUCGCCACAGCCACCAAAGAACGCCUUCAUCUUGUCCAUGAAAACUUUUCAAGCUUUGUGCAACUACUGAAUCCGCCGGAUUGUCACCAUUGGCUCAGAAAUAUCACUUUGAGAGUCAUUGAAGGCUUCCUACGUUGGUAUCUUACUAUCCAUCUUUUUAAGUAUCAAUCUGGCUUCAAGACAUUUGUCCGCUUUUUCAGAAUGUACUAUCGUGAGGAGAUGAAGUGUGAAUUCCCCAUCAAGCUUGGCCAGCAAUUGACACAGUUGGUAUCUGUUACUCUUACCGAUGAGUACGAGCUUGAUAAAGGUGCGAAGACACAGCCAACCAUGAACAUUGACGAUGUGCUAUUCACAACAUAUCACCUAUUAGCAGAGAGCCGUAUAGCUUUUCCUACGUUUCGGACUCUUUUCCAACUCAACACUCUAAGGAAGAUGAUGACCUCGACAUCUGCUAGACCGGGAACAUUGGUUGAAUCAUCUGGCUACCUUCGUGUGAAUGAUGCAUUAAAAUGGAAGGAUAUUGAGCUUUAUAUGGUGAAACACCCUGAUGAUCAAGGAUCAGAAGUCCUUCUCAUGAGGGUAACCCACAGACUCAACAAGGGAUUGAGAAAUCGAGGUGUUGCUCCGUACAUUACAUGCCCUCAAGAUAUCUGGCGAUUGACUACUGUCCCGGAGCAUCGCCACAGUACUCCUAUCCAUUUUAAGAGGAGUAUCCAGGAUGUUCCUAUCUUCAGACGGUCAACUCGGGGUCGGAAUGGAGUCUCUACCACAGAUCCCACACUUGCUAUCUCAUAUAGUCAGAUGAGGGAGUAUGAGAAAGAAGCCAGUCUUGCGGCCGGGUUCAAAGAGAGAGGAUCUCUUUACAAAUAUCGUAAAGGAGCAGCAGCCAAUUUGAGACAUUUGGAUGAACACUCACGCAAUAUUAUCAUGGGCCAUCGAAAAGGCGGUACCUUUGCCAACUAUGUCAGUGUAAGGGAUGACACACAGUCUGUCUUUAUGGAGACCCCAACGCGGGAUUCGCUCCUUAAGCUUGCAAGUAACGCAAGCUUGACACGGGAUGUCUCGGUGCCGCAUCAUCUGUCACCAGCACAAAAAGCGACCAUUGAAAAUGACCCUGAGAUCUCUGAGCUUAAGAAGCACUGUGACUCCAUCCGACGAGAUCUCAUAUCUGAGCAUCAUAAACUUAAAACGGCGAAAGAAGCUGGGGACAAACGUCACCGAGAAUUCGAAAAGCUCCAAGCAAAAAUCCGGACCAAGCGAAAGCGGCUUCAUGACUCUACCCGAACUAAGCUUCGUCAAGAGUUCUUUCAAGGUGUUGGCAAUCAGAUCAUCGAACAGAAUUACCACGGUAGCCCUGUUACGUUUACACCUAGCGCAGACCACAUCCAGCCUCAAAGAAAGGCUCUCGCUGAACUUGAAUUCAAGAACAGGGAUGCCGACCGUGUGAAAGAUGAGGAAUUAAUCGCGGACCGUAUCAAGUCUCUGGAACUCCGCCUUGAGCUUCAUAAGGUGCAAAUUCCGAAACCCUUGUCAAGACUUAUCAAGUUUGAUAAAUCAGGAAAGGUUUUCCCGCUUUUCAAAGAGAGCGACAGUGGUCUAGAAUGUCCAGUGUGCUUGGGUUGCUCGGAGUUGGACCCACGUGUGAGAACCUAUCGCUAUGCCCGAAAGGAUAUUCUUCAAAAUCAUUUCAAAACUCACAAGCUACCUGCCUUUUUUGGUAGACAAGGGCGCGAAUGUGAUGUUCCUGACUGUUCACGUAUUUCUAUGUCCCUUCCAGCAUACAAGUGUCAUAUAGCCAGUUACCAUAAAAUUUAUCUCUGA